AUGGACCACGUGCGGGAGAAGGAGCUUGAAAGGAAUCUGACCUGGACUGAGAGUGGUCAGUUUGUACUGAAGCCCAACAUUCGCCACCUGUAUCUUUUCGGCCUCUGGCCGCUUUGUGAGACAAGACUGUUUAAUCUGUACACAUUUUAUGGUUUCAUUCUGGGUCUCUGGAACCUGACAGAGUGCUUGCUGACCAUUUACUUUGCCUGGGGAGACAUGGACGAGGUGACGCUAGUGAUGAUGUCAUCGGUCUCCAACUUGAACGGCCUGAUCCAGAUGAUGUUCUUCGUGUACGACAGGCGCCUCUACAAUUCACUGGCCCGCCACGUGGCAGCUCUGCUGUCUGUCCAAAGUGACGUCUGCGACAGGCAUCCACCAUUGGCGGCCAUCUUCCGCAGUUCCCAGAGGCGUGCCUUCCGCCUGUCCCUGGUGCUGCUGCUCUUCAUGUUCUCGCAGUGCUUCGUGUGGUUCCCCAUGCCCAGGAUCGUAUACCCAGAGCAGAGGCUCCUGCCAUUCGCCCAGCACGCCUGGGACAACAACACCAACCUGUACGGCCUCUCGUACUUCGCCCAGUGCGCGGCAGGCUUGUGGAUGACGCAGAUGAGUUUCGGUAUUGACUGCCUCCUCGCGUCGAUCAUGAUCCUGCUGGCUGCACAGCUGGAUAUCCUCGCAAGGCGAAUUUUGGCUCUCAAGAGUGACGGCUACAACGAGACAGUCGAGUAUUCUAAGAAGAGGCCAGGAAGGAGGUUCAGUGACACAAUGUACAGUGAUUUGUGUCUUUGCGUGGAAAGCCAUCAAAAAAUUCUCAGUUUCGUACCUCAUCUGCAGAUCACAAUGAAUCCCGUCGCUAUGACGUCGUUCGCUUGCAGCGUUCUUAUUAUAUGUCUAGGACUGUUUCAAUCAACAUUCAGCGAGGACUUCAGUGUGGUGUUUAAGUGUGCAUCUUUCCUUCCGAUUCCGUGCUCUCGUCUGUUUCUUUACUGCUGGGCAGCAAACAAUGUCACGGAGCAGGCUGAGGCUGUGUCAGCUGCAGCAUACAGCUGCUCAUGGAUGGACGCGAGUGAGCGUUUCAAGCGUGCCAUGAGAAUACUCGUCAGCCGCGCACAGAAGCCACUGGUUCUGAUGGCUGGAUACCUGUACCCCAUCAACAGGGAGGCGUUUCUCACACUUGUAAAUGCGUCUUACUCCUACUACGCACUUUUGAGUCAAAUGAACAAACGCUAGAGUCCAAACAGACUUGAGUACGCCAGUCUCAGAGAAUGUGGG